GUGAAAACCUUUAUAUCUGCUUCAUUUAUUCAAUUAUUUUCAUAUAUUUUUUUAUCUGUGCAUAGACAGUCAAGGAAAGAAACAUUUUCAUUUUAUCACGGACUCUUACUUACGGGGUUUUCCUUUUAAAUUACUUGUUUUGAGUGAUUACUGUAGUUUUUUAUCUCGUCCUCAGGCGUUCCUUGUAACUGUUUUUUCUUUUCUCUCUUUUUUUUCUUUACGCAAAUUCCCACCUGCGUGUUGUCAUUGGUCGACACAGAUUCUCCUGACAGAUUAUCUGAUUGAAAAAUCCGGGAGCGAAUAAGAAAGAGCAACAAGUGCGCUGCUUUUACUCUGCAUUACCUUUCUGGAUUCAUUUCUCCCCGUGAAUUUUUAAACGACACAGCUUUAAGGUGUUAACAUGCCACGAUCGUUUCUGGUGAAAAACAAACGAUCAUUUAUCGUUCAUCGAUCAUAUGAAGACGAGACGAGAGAAGUUAUAAAUGAAGAAAUCGAGACAGAGAGCAGAGACUUCUCAGACAGAUCCACAUCUGAGGAACCAUGUCAAUCAGACUCCGCGGCAAAGGAGGACACUGAGGCCGAGUGCCCCCUGCCAGUCCACCCUGAACCCACAAGACCCUCAGUGGUCUCCACACAGCCGUUCUACCUGUCAGAGUCUCCCUUGGCUGAAUUUCCUCCUUACUACAAGUCAUCAUAUGCCUGGGAGCAGGUUCCCCCCUCCUACCAGUUGACCUUCAGUCCACGGGUGCUUCAACAUGCGAGUAGCCUCUACAGCAGUCACAUCAACCGCAGUCCACCACGACAACAGCCCCUGGACUGCAGCACACACUACUCUCCCACCUCCAACACUUACCACUGCAUCACCUGCGACAAGGUGUUUUCAACACCGCAUGGCCUGGAGGUCCACGUUAGGAGGUCGCACAGUGGGACACGGCCGUUUGGGUGCAGCAUCUGCCGAAAAACAUUUGGACAUGCUGUCAGUUUAGAGCAGCAUAUGAAUGUCCACUCUCAGGAAAAAAGUUUUGAGUGCAAGAUGUGUGGGAAGUCGUUCAAGCGCUCCUCCACCUUGUCCACUCACCUGCUCAUCCACUCGGACACCCGGCCUUACCCCUGCCAGUACUGCGGCAAGAGGUUCCACCAGAAGUCAGACAUGAAGAAGCACACAUACAUCCACACCGGUGAGAAACCCCAUAAAUGCCAAGUGUGUGGCAAAGCCUUCAGCCAGAGCUCCAACCUGAUCACACACAGCAGAAAACACACGGGAUUCAAACCUUUCGGAUGUGACAUUUGCUCUAAAGGCUUCCAGCGCAAGGUUGACCUCCGCCGACACCAUGAGAGUCAACAUGGCAUGAAGUGAUCUUAGCAUCGCAUGUACAGCAACUGGGACAUGUUCAAUAUUUAUCAACAGAUUUUGUGAGGAGAAAUAAUGACACUGUGAAUUCAAAUAUUGCUGAGGUGACUGAUCAUACAGCAAAGAUAAUCAUUAUCAUAUAUUGGUUGGUCAUAAGAUUCAGUACUGCAAACCAGCUCUUAAAAAAAACUAUUCACCCAGGUAGACACUUGGCAGAUCUAUAUUAAAAACGACUGCAACCCAUUUUUUGGGGGCAUUUCAAGAUGAGUUUGCAAAGACGAAAAGCGAAUAACAUUAAAAUCCGAACGCAAAAUUGAUAAAAUGACGUGUGUAUGUUUGUGGACUUUGAGAUGUUUUAUAACAAUUGAGGCUUGAGAAAUUCUCUCUUUGCUCAACUUCCUGAGAUAUGUGAAUGCUAUUGAAGGAAAAAGUUAAUAUAUAGCCCUUAAAUACACGUUUGAAUUAAGAUGGGUAGGAAAAGUGUCAUCUCCAGAAAUGCUUGAUGUAUUUGGGAUAUGAGUGGAUGUGUUUACAGGUUUUUAUUUAAAUAAAAAGCAAACUGAAAGACAACUUGUCCU